AUGCACCAGAACUGCAUUCUGCUGAGUGUCGUGAUUGCUCUUCUCUCAAGUUGCAAUGCUCUUUUGGCGACUGCGGACUCCGUUACGAGCAAGGUCGUGAAGGAAAGGGAAACUUCCCCACAAAUCAAGCUGCCGGCCGAUGCUCUUCAUUCCUCGAACAGAUUUUUACGAGGAGUUAAAGUUGUCGAAGACGAUGAAGAAGAGAGAACGUUCGACGAUGAUCAACAAGUACCUUCACCUCUUUAA